AUGACGAUGCAUUUUCUGUUCAUUCAAUUAUUUGUUUUAGCGGCCAUUGUGGCUGCGGUUCCUGUUGUUGAAGGUGAUUGUGUGCGUCAAGAUCAUGGUUUACAAUGGCUUGUCUCCAAACUAUCAAACAGUGCGGCUGUUUCUUGUCUUGGACAGCCCCUGCAAAAGCACAAUGCCCAACGCUAUUGGGGUACACAAUUCAGCAAAGACGCCCAGGUUGUCGUGUAUCCUGGUUCGACAGAAGAUGUCAGCUUUGCGGUGCGUGCAGCCCGCAUGUCACCAACGGGAAACGAUUUUGCCAUUGUGUGCGGUGGCCACAGUAUGAUUAAUGCUAGUAGCGCGUAUGGAUUUGUCUUGGAUCUUUCCAAGAUGUCCAAUGCUCGCGUUGCUCAUGACUUUCGCCACAGCGAUGGAAGGACAAUCGUGGCAAUCGAAUACCAAGGAGGCGCCACCUGGGGACAGGUUCAGACGGCAACAAACGGAAGUGGUUAUACCGCUGUGGGAGCAAGAGUAGACAAUGUUGGAGCGGGAGGAUUCUCUCUUGGUGGAGGCAUUGGAUUCCUUGCUGGCGCUCACGGCUUUGCGGUCGACCGCUUGGUACAGAUGGAAGUUGUAUUGGCGGAUGGGAAGAUAGUCUUGGCCACGAAGACCAACGAGUAUCGUGACUUAUUUUGGGCUUUGCAAGGUGGAAGUGGACAAUUUGGAGUUGUCACCAGGUUUUGGCAGGAAGCAGUCCGGGAACCAAAAACAAGCACCCUCGGCUUUUACUACAUUGAUGAUGCCGACGUCCCUCGACUACAAGAGCAAACAGUUGCAUGGUUUCAACACAAUAAAGAUCCAUUUAGUGUUGUGUAUUACAGCUACGGCUACCUACCUUCGACGCUUCAAAAUCCCACCCCAGCUGACUACGCCAAGCGCACCUUGCUGAUUACGGUUCAUUUUGACGACCCAACCCAGCCGAACCAACCAGACAAUAACGCCGCGUUUGCCAGCAUCUUUUCUGGUAUCAAUACAAAGAACGGUGCCGUUAUCACGAGUAAAUACUACUCGGACUUGGUCUUUGCUGGCCAAGCAGCCUAUCCAUAUGGAUAUCGGCGUGGGUUUUACGGGCCGCAGACAUCACAAAUUGAUGUUGCGUUCCUUCAAACACUGACGUCUUCAUUUGGCCGUUACAUCGACCAGCAAAUUCUGGCCGGCGAGCAUCCAUACUCAGCUUCCAUGGUGGUCCAGUACAUGUUCCCUGGCCUCAAUGGAAGGCUUCCUAAGCUUGAUACUGAUACUGCCUGGCCCCAUUCCAAAGUCGGUCAUCAAAUGUUGUUUACACCAGCUUAUCGACGUGCAACUGGCGAUGCCUGUGCCCGAGCUGCACUUCAAGCAUUCAAUCAACUCACAUAUGACCAACAGCGUAAAACCGGAGGAUUUAUUGCCAAUUAUCCAAACUACAUAUCACCGGGUGACAGUGGCCGCAUGGUUUGGGGCGAUAAUGUUGAGCGGCUUAUCCAAAUCAAGGCAAAAUACGAUCCACGCUGUUUGAUUCGCAACGGUCGCGUCUUUGCUACCAGCGAAUGUAUCAAAGGCGGAUGGGCCAACAUCUAUGCUUAG